AUUCUCUUUUAUUUGUAUCUUGAUAACAACCACCCAUGCAUAUAUAUUCUCUUUUAUUUAUAUCGUGAUAACUGGUGUGUCGUAUACUCGUACCACACCUCGUGUCUGCAUGGUCCAAUAGAGUAGUGAGCCCGAUUGUACUGAUGUGAAUGCGCUUGAUUGGUAUAUAGUAGGCUCUAGCUGUAAAUCCACCAAUGGGAUCGCUUCGAUAUGGCCCACUGGGCAUCCCAUACUAUACUGUAUUUAGCUGUCUAUGUACCAAUGGCAAUACUUCGCUAUGGCCCACUAGGCAUACUAUACUUUACUUUACCAUACUAUACUAUACUAUACUAUACUAUACUAUAUUCGACUGUAAUGAGAACAAUCACUCCUUUGUAUAAACGCUUCAUGCACCCCUGUGAACCAUGUUGCUAACAGUCUGACCGGACGGAAUAGCUCUGUACGUUCCAGUGAGCGCUAUCCUCAAUUGUACCUGCAAGGUUGUCUUCUGCGGGACCCAACAGGCCAUACACUGAACACUGUACACACAACUGGCUAUGACGGUUUCUCUGCGGUAUGUUUGCAUUGUCUUCUGCGUGACCCAACAGGCGACACACUGUACACUGUAAAUGUAUUUUUGCAUGGUCCGAUAGGCGCCAGCCUUGAAUUGUACCCACAUAAAUGCCUAUGGCGGUUUCUCUGCGGUAUGUUUGUGUCCCUGAGCAGUUCACUGGAUGCUUGUGUGAUAUUGUCAGUGCUUGUACGUAUACUCCAAUAGGCUCUAGUAGCCGCCGUUGUACUAGUACUAAAGCUUCUGAGCAUGGCAUCGAUCAGUCAGCUACGGUUGGUUGUGUGCAAGGGACAAGCUUAUGCACAGAUACAUGUGUGCCCACACCCAUGCACGUUUCAGUGGGCCGUAGCCUCGAUUGUACUUGUGUCCACGAUCCGUGAUGCAAAUCCAAGAGCUGUUUGCGAGUGAGUUUAAACUCUGCGUGUGAGUGAGUUUAAACUGUGUGUGCGAGUGAGUUUAAACUGUGUGUGCGAGUGAAUUCAAACUGUGUGUGCGGGUGAGUUUUGAACCGAAGGCCAUUCCAGGUGGUCUCGCUACACUCUAUGAACCGGAUCGCCUUGAAUGAGAGUGGAGGGGUAGUCUCCACCUAUCACCCCCCAUGCACUGCGUGUCUGUGUACUAUAUCACACACCUAUCCACCCCCCAUGCACUGCAUGUCUCUGUGUAUAUCACACACCUAUCCACCCCCCCCCCUGCGUGUCUAUGCCGAUCACAGACUUCUCUAUCGAUUCAUCUGCAGGCAAACCUGCGGCUCCACAAUAAACUGCGUUUGCCGCAAGUGCCUUGAGCUCGAGUAGUGCUCAUCACCAUGGCAACCAAAGAUGCGUCGCACCACAACCACCCCAUCCUGUAGUGAGGGAGAGACCUGUACCAGUUGCUUAGCAACCACGAAUGGCUCCAAACCCACCCCCCACCUGAACAUCUCUCACAGCCACACCCAUUACAGAGCUGGUGUGCUAUGUUGCUGCCACCCAGCCUCGCCCUCAGCACCCACAACGGUCUCGACUGGUUGCCUGGAUACGGGACCGGUUGGGAUCUAUGCACACUCCAUCGCGUGGGCGUAUAACGGGCUGUAUGGUUGUACCCGCACACCGCGAUAUGCUCAGAUGGCACAGGACGUGUCCAGUAAUCUACGCGUAGAUAUUCUCUCGUCUUACACGUGUAAAGGUGGCAUUCGACAUGAGUGGCAGAGGAGUAGUGUUACCACUAGAGAUAUAGGUUAG